AUGUCAUCAACCUUCAACUCACGAUUUAGACGGCUCGUCGGUUCCACUCGCCGCUCUUCCAACAACUCGCUCGCCCCGCAGCACAACAACUCGUCCACCACCACCCUCACUCCACCGCCCGCCGCCUCGACCACCAGCGUCAGCACAAGCUCCCCCUCCAACGGCGUCGGUCCCGCCGCCAGCAGCACGGGCGCCACGAGCAGUGAACGGCAAGGUCAGCUCUCUCCCGCGCCUGGCGCUGCCGCCGCCGCCGCUGCUCAAGCCCCUUCUGCGUCGGCAUCGUCCACGUCGCUGAGCACCAUGAACCCCAAUGGCCAGCAGCCUCUUGGCCGCCCUCCGAGCUACCAGUAUGCCAACAAUGGGAAUCCCAAUCUAGGUGCGCCAGGUCAUGGUCAGCAAGGACAGCGCCCAACGUCUCCCAUGCCUCCGCCUCCGAUCAACACGGGUGGAGGGCACGCCUACGCUCCUCAGCAUCAGCAACAGCUUUACCAGCAGCCUGCGCCGCCCGGCUAUAACCCAAUGGCCGUCCAGCAACAGGCUGCACAGCCUCAUGGAUAUGGAUACGGCUCUGGUCCUCCGCCACAAGGCCCGCAUUCGUACAAUCGCAUGGCUGAGGUGGAGGGUAACAACAGGAGCAAGGCUCAGCUGAUUGUCGGCAUUGACUUUGGUACGACAUUCUCCGGCGUCGCUUUCGCUUUUGCGACCAACACCGAGGCCAAGGAGGAUAUCAUCGUCGAAUGGCCCGGUGCUGGAACGCAAACCAAGCAAAAGAUUCCGACGGUACUCUACUAUGACCAGCACCAGCAGGUCGUGGGAUGGGGACCUGAUAUUGCUGAAGCGCUCGCCCCAACCGGCUACCCGAAACCUGGUGUUCAAAAGGUGGAAUGGUUCAAGCUCCAGCUGAUGUUGAGUGGAAACACCUAUAUCGAUCCAAUCAACCUCCCACCGCUCCCACCAGGAAAGUCCGAGAUCGACGUCGCGGCGGACUACCUGUUCAAGCUGCGUCAAGCAAUGCGCAAUCAGCUGCAGAAGAGUUUGGGUGAGGUCUUCAACCGAGAGGAGCGCAACAUUCGAUACUUCUUGACAGUCCCUGCCAUUUGGAAUGAUGCUGGCAAGGCCGCGACAAGAGCCGCUGCCAUUCAAGCAGGAUUCCUUCGCGACGAGAAUGACAACCGAUUGACCCUCAUCACCGAACCCGAAGCCGCUGCCAUGUUCUGUGCGAAAACCGGCUUGCUGAACUUGAAGGUACACGACGCAAUUCUGAUCGUCGACUGUGGAGGCGGCACUGUGGAUUUGAUCGCGUACGAAGUCGAGGAAGAAUCACCAUUCACCGUCGCAGAGUGUACCGCUGGAUCUGGAGACUCGUGUGGUUCCACCGCACUCAACCGAAACUUCUCCAACAUCCUCCGCGCAAAGAUCAGAAAGAUGAAACUUCCGGAUGGCUCCAAAACGGCAGGCAAGGUCUACGCCAAGUGCAUCAUGGACUUUGAGAACAGAAUAAAGGCAGACUUUAGAAACAACGGACAGAAGUGGGCUGUGGACGUCGGUAUUGAGGCAGAGUUUCCCGAGGCCGGCAUUGAGGAAGGAUACAUGACUUUCACCAACGAGGAGAUUCUGCAGUGUUUUGAACCGGUUGUGAACCGGAUUCUGGAGUUGGUUAGGAACCAGAUCAUUGCGAUUCAGGCGCAAAACAGAGCGCUGCAGAACGUGCUCGUUGUGGGAGGUUUUGGUGCAUCCGAGUACCUCUUCCAGCAGAUCAAACUACACGUACCGCCGCAAUUCCAGAACAAGGUUGUCCGGCCCAUGGACUCUGUGGCUGCCAUCGUCAAGGGAGCCGUCACGGCUGGUAUCACCGAGCGUGUCAUUACAUCCCGCGUGGCGAGAAGACAUUACCUGAUGGCCACCCUACAGCCAUUCAAGGAAGGUCACCAUCCUGAGCAGUACCGUGUUCCAUCUCUUGAUGGCAAGGAUCGUUGCAAGUAUACGAGACAGAUCUUUGUGCAAAAGGGCCAGAGGGUGAAGAUUGGCGAGCCCGUCAAGGUUUCCUUCUUCCGACAGGUUGCGCCUGGUGCUACGCUGAUGUACGAGGAUGUUCUGUAUGCCUGUGAUGAGGACGUCUGUCCCGAGUACACCAAAGAUCCACGCAUUAAGGAAAUUGUCACUUUGACCUCGGAUCUUAGCCGGAAGAACCUCGAAAAGGAUUUCGAACGUAUGGAUACCCCACAAGGAACCUUUUACCGAGUCUAUUUUGAUAUUUACCUCACGCUGGAUGGGUCUGAGUUUAAUGCUGAGUUGGUGUGCCAGGGUGAGGUUAUGGGACGGUGCUCUGCGAGAUUCAGAUAA